CUGGCUGAUACUUACAAUACCUCGCGACCUUGGGCAGUUGUUAGGCGGCUGCAUCAACGUAUGGUUCCUAUGAUUGCUGAGACCGCAGACAAGUAUACCAAUUUUGGCAUACAUGGAGCAGGUAGUAUGUCCCUUUAUCUGGAGCGCGGUGGUGGCUACUACAUCGACACCGGAGCGAGUAGACCUAUCAUCGACGGGGAUAUUAAAACCAGGAACGAUUCCGCAAUUGAGUCCUUCACGGAAAACGGCCUUCGAUUUGCUGAUGGCACCGAGCUACAGGCAGAUAUCAUAGUAUUUGCUAUGGGUUACAGCGAUCCCCGUGACUUCAUGCGCGGAAUCUGUGGAGAUGAAAUCGCAUCAAAAAUCACCAGGGUCUGGGGUUUAGACGAAGAAGGGCAAUCUGCGGGAGUGUGGAGGUACUGCGGGCAUGAUGGUUUGUGGUUCGCAAAUGGUAAUUUGGCUUUAUCGCGCUUCCACAGUCUCCAUUUGGCCAUGCAAAUCAAAGCAAUAGAAGAAGGUAUUUUGAACAAGGCGGGUAUUGUUAUUUGAGAUCAGGGCUGGAGGGCCUGUACGAUGUACGAGUACUUACUGUGUGAAUUAAAGGUUUUAUGUACAAUGAAUUCAAGGGAAUUUUCACU